GCCACCUACAGGUCGGACCUAUUCAAGUAAUCAUGGCUGUCGCUGCAACGUGCACGCCGAUCUUUAACUUCUCGGGCUACUACCGCAACCGCGCGUCGUCGAUAGAGCUCCCCGAGGCCAUAGCGUGGUUCGAGCACCUUCGACUCAGCAUGCAGACCGUCCCAAGCGGCCGAAGUGUGCAGUAUGAAGUGCACGCCACGUACACUCCGCCUUGCUGCCAAGACGCAGAGAUCGAGUGGACUGUCAGUCACCCAUUCGAUGGAUAUCGUCGACUCCGCAAGCAACUGAUGCGAAGACUGAGACCCAAUCACAUCUGUCCCGCUGAGUGCAAGUGGCUCCGCUCAGUGAUAAAGAACCAUUUCCCCAAGCCCAAAAUUCUCGCCCCCAACGCGCCACGCACGACAGAAGCGCGUCGGCAAUCCCUCAUCCGAAUACUCAGGACGCUUCAAGCUGCGCUGGUGAACAGAGGCAAUCAAGGCUGCAACGUGCUGGUACAAGACGUAUGUUACGAUUUCGCUUCCUUCAUCUUGGGCCAGAACUCGAAAUUGCCGGAGGUUACACUGGCAAUGGCGCUGUCGAGAUGCAGCUCUGACCAGAGCACUCGCAACUCGUCGGCAUCUUUCUCUUCGGACUAUGAAGAGCGUUGUGAAAACAUCUCGCCAUUUCGCAACAACAGCAGAGGUCGAGGAUAUCGCAAGUCCGAGUGAGAAAAAGACGGUCGGAUCGAUAUCCAAUCUGCUGAAACUUGAGAAACAACUACCUUAACAAAACCACAGCAACCAAAUGUGAAUCAAUAUACUCAAAAUAAGAUGUAUGAGCCUGGUCGCUAUUCCCUGUAGCUACGCCGCCAUUACGAGAUCAAUGGCCAUUCCGAGUCUGACAUUUAGACGUCACAUUCUACUCCGUAAUUCCAAUAGGAGGCGAGAGGCGGUCUGAGGCCACUUUGAGGAAGGCGCUUGGACAUAAUAUCAAUUAAAUGCGUUUCCGUAGUGUGCACGCCACUGGCAUCAAUAGAAGAGCUAACGAACAUGCAGUUUCGUUAGGCACGAGCUUG